GUUCUAUUGAUAAUGAUAAGGUGGUAGCUACUUAUGGCGUUGUAGGAGACGAUUGGAUUAUUUUUACAUUUUACAUGUAAUAGUUUUAAUUGAUGACGCUAAUCUCAUAUGAGAUUUCAGCAUUUAUUUACUUUAUAAUUUUAGUUAUCGUGUAAUGCUUGUUGUAGUUAUUCGGUGAGAGCGAAUAUUUCUUUGUUUUUUUCCUCCAACAUAUGUUGGACUACUUCUGUUCGUUACAAAUUACGCGUAACAAAUUAUUCUGUACGCGCACAAUGAUUGCAUCAGUAAAUUGUGAUAACUUAGGUUCAAACAACAGUAAAGGAACCAGAAGUCAUUCGGCUCAAGGUCUGGCGAGUUCCGUGUCUAGUUCAGCUAUGAAGAUACCGUUACCUCCUCGUCCAUGGAUCACAGAUGCAGAAGAUGAUUCAUCAGAUGAAAUGGACAGUGUUAUUAUUAAAGACGAGAGCUUGAUUGCUAUGGAAAGAACAAGAAUGAGGUCAAGAUAUCGACACCAUAAACAAAGACAAGUUAAUGUACCUAUUGGAAUUUUUUGGGAUAUUGAAAAUUGCCAGAUACCAAGAGGAUGUUCCGCCAUAGAACUGGUGGCUGCCAUUCGAGCAAAGUUUGUGAGGGAUGGAAGAAGAGAAGCUGACUUUGUAGUUGUUUGUGAUGUUCGUAAGGAAACAACCACAAGACUAUUAGAACUUAAUGAUGCUCAAGUGAGCUUAAUACAUGUCUGUAGGACUCAGAAAAAUGCUUCAGACGAUAAACUAAGGCAAUGCAUGAGGAGGUUUGGUGAUCUACACUCUUCACCCGCUGCUAUACUAUUAAUUUCUGGCGAUAUUGACUUUGCUGCUGAUUUAACUGACUUCAGAUAUAGGAAAAACAUGGAAGUGAUAUUGGUGCACAAACAGAACACUUCGGCGGCUUUAAUUGCAUGUGCAUCGUCUCAUUAUUGCUUUGACGAGAUCGCCUCUACUCUGCCCAGAAAGGUAUCGAAAAGUGAGGAAGAAACACCAACUUGUGAAGUGGAAGUUUUGAACUUGCCCAUCCACCAGCCAGCUGAGUUGGUGUCCAUAAGACUACGUCAUCUUGCCAAAAAGUGCGGUGGCAAAGUUGUCUCUGUCACCGCACCUACUGCAGUACUUAAGUUUUCUACGCCGGACCAUGCUUCAAGAGCUUUAAUGCGUAUGGAUGGAGAGGAUGUGUACGGACGGAAGAUUAGUACGCGGUACGCUCGCAGCGCUGUGCCGCCGGCGUAUUCCAGUGAUGAGGGGUACAGCACUGCGCCAGCUUCCUACCAGGCACCCGCCUUUGUUCCACCACCUGCCAAGGUAUGCUCAUCGCCUCAAGAGAUGGCCUCGUUCAAUACUCCUUGCAUCUCGAAGGAGUGGGCUAUGGCUCUGAAACAACUGCCGGCGCCUACGCCCCCGCCCCAUGAUUUCUGUCCCCCACCUGCACCCAAACCUAGGAAGAUUAGGGGCACGCAUGGUUCGGUAAAUUUGGACCAGUCGGGCUGUUCGUCAAGUAAUAGUGGCGAGGGUCGCAAUGGAGACAAUAGUGCUAGCAGGGCGGUCUCUCCAUGGAACUCUUCAGCUAGUUUCAGCGAGCACAGCGAGUCUGAGGAGUCCACUGCUGAACUAACCGUUUCUAACUUACCACCUUAUGAUGCUACAAUUUUACAGGAGAUGCUGACUCAGCUGUUCAACUUAUACGUACAAACCGUCCGAGUAACUGUCUGGGCAGCUGGGGAGGGUCCCUUAGCGACUGUAGUACUUCGAUCGGAAUGGGAUGCAAGGCUUGCCAUCGCACGCAUCCACAAACGUCGUCUAGACAACCAAUGGACGGGGCGUCGCCUAGAACUGUCUCUAGGCAAGCCAUCCCCGGCUCCCAAUCUAGACGUCCUAAGAGCUAGACUUCGAGCCAUAUUACUAGAUCAAAAGAACCAUACGCUACCUCUUUUGAGAUUAAGGGAUGCUUACGCCAGUCGUCACUGUUGUGCGUUGACGACGUCAGAUAUAGCAAAGCUCAAAGACACAGUUGUUAUUCAUGAAGGGUUUGGUAGAAUGGUUCAGUUGGUGGAUUUAACGCCGGUGUCUAGUUCAGAGAUGGAGGAGGCGCCCUGGAAGUGCCAUAUACACGCGUCCAUGAGCACCGGACAAGAGGACGGCAGCCGCAUUUUACAACCUGUCUAUAUGGAGAUCUCAACUUUAGCUAAGAAUGUACAUAUUUUGUUGGAGAGUCAUGGAGGAAUUUUACCAUUGUUAAGUUUCGUGGAGUGCUACGAGUCUCGGUUUGACGCGUUGGUCUGCGACCCGCGUCAUGGAGUAGCGCUGGAACUGCUUCUCCGCAGUGUAGAGGGACUGGACGUGCGUGACGCGCCCUCACGACACCUCACUUGGAAGGCCAGGCCUCUUGCACUCACUCCGCCGUUACCUCAGGCUGCUAACAGCGAGAGCUCCCGUUCAAGUGGAGAACGCGAGCGGCCCCGCACUGCGCCUGCCCUCGAACCAAUGCUAGCUUUGUUCGAAAGAGAACUCAUUGACUUACUACGCACGGCGCCUAGAUGCUCCAUUCCAUUCAGCAAGCUAAUACCAGCGUUCCACCACCAUUUCGGUCGCCAAUGCCGCGUGGCCGACUACGGCUUUACCAAACUGCCAGACCUACUUGCUGCACUCGGAAACGCUAUCGUGGUUCUUGGAUCAGGUUCAUCUCGUAUUAUAACAAUAUCGGCGGCGGCCCAAAGCCGUCGUUGGACGUCGGAUCUGGUGAAGGUGUUGAAAGGGCAACCGGGCCGAGCAGUACAGCUGCACGAACUCCCACAACUGUACCACGCGGUCACUGGCCGCCCCUUCUCGCCCGUGGACUACGGCGUCUGUACCAUCGCGGAGCUGAUGCAGCGAGUCAACCCUCAGGCGGUCACCGUUGCCGCGGACGGUACCAUCUCCCUGCCGCGCCGCUUGCCCACUCCGGAAGAAAGGGCUCGCACACGAGAGUUCGCCAUGCAGCCGGACAUGCUGGAGGCUGAUACUCUAGAAGGCUUGGUGUACGCCGCGGGCGGCUGUAUAGAGAACAACGUAGUAGUGGCCCCUGGAGGGUCACCUGCGUGGGCGGGAUGCUUGCUGACGGCGUGCGCGGUACUGUGCGGGGACCGUAGUGUGGCGCGGGGCUCCACGCUGGAGUACUUCACGGCGGCCUACCGCCGCCUUCGGGGGGCGGAGCCCGAGCUGAGGCGCCUCAUAGCGGCUGGCGUCAUCACUCUCAGCGAGCAGCGCCUCAACGUGUCGCCCGAGUGGCGCGUCGUGUGGCGUCUCGCUCAGUUACUCACGGACCGCGCCACGCCAGCCUCGCCCGAAGAAAUAUUCAUAGAAUUUGCUCGUCGAUAUGAACCUGUCUUCCCCGGAGUUGAUCCUAGUGCUGAGGGCGUGGCAGAUUUCCUUCGUCAUUACAUGGAGAUAUUCACGGAAACCGAGACCGGUCGCUGGACUUUAUGCCCCGGUGUCGUAGUGCCGCGAUGUCGUGAACUCAUACCAGGCCCUGCGCACGAGGAUUACUCCGUUCAUGAUACACCACCGGGACAGAAAGGUUCCCGUGUGUUUGAAUCACCAAAGAACAACAUAUGGUGCUCCCCACCUGCCAGCGCGUUGCCCACUCCUACUGCUUUUCUUAACCUCGAGAACAGACGUCGUAUUCGUUUGGCGGCUCACUUCGAAGGUCCAUAAUCCCACCGCGUCGUAUUUGAAGAUGCAUUCCUUAUUUUUGAUGUAGGUUAGUAUUAUACGUGUUCCAAACGCGGCACCUGAAACUUUGGAGUGAUGUGCAUCAGGGUCGCAACGAAUUUUAACUACUAGACUUAUGUAAGUGUCCAAUAAAUUGUGAUGUCUGUAACAAUAAUAUUUUAGAUGUUUAUAUUUUUAUGUGUUUAUUUAGUAUAAGAAAUCUUAUGGUGCAUUCGUCAAAUGUUUUAAGUGCCGAUGUAAAACUAAUGUUCCCUGUCUAUGUACAAAGAGGUAAGUCUUAAGAAUCAUCUUGACCGAAGUCUUUUUUUACUGUAUCUUAGUGUGUAAAUUAUAAUGUUUUGUUUUAAUUGACUAACUUAUAUUUCAUGUAUCCAAUGAGUCAGUUUCGCGAUGUUUUGUUUCUCGGCUUGUUCUACAAUGUCUCAUUAAGUUGCUGUUAGCUAAACUGACACAUAUUUUGACUCCUUUUGUUACGGGAAAACAGAUCAAAUUAUGUGUCAGUCAAGAUUAACGGUUUUACACGUAAUUAGAUGUUGUAUGAUGGACCCCCUAGUCUUUCAAAGUUACUUGUUGAACUAUUACAUAGAAUUGUUUAGACCUUACAACAGUGUAACUGCGUAACUCUAUUCAAUUUUAUCAUGUUUUAUUUUAUAUUUUGACAUUUUAUAUACAGAUAUUUUUUUUCUUAUAUUUUAUAUUUUGUGGCUCUUCACGUAACAAAGGACUGAACAAGCUUCAAAUGAUACUUUAAGGUACUAAUAAGUUUAUGAAAGAUCUUACAGUAUGUUAUCUACGUAAUGAUUUGUAAGUAGAUAAUGUUACUGCCAUUGAUACGAAUAAAACAAUAAUAAACACUAAAUGUACAUAUCAUUGAUUUGAGGCUCAAAAUAUGUUAAGAAUAGUUGCUAAGUUUUAUUGAAUAAACAUCUCGAGCACUUGUAACAUUUUUCGGAUGCCCACGAAAAGUACAAUGAUCAUUAAUACAUGUUGAUUGUCCUAGAAUUUUAUCGUUUAAUAUAUUUCAGCCACAAAUCUAUUUGCAUGUAUUUUGCUUGUAUUAUUUCGAAAUUACUCUUCAAAUUAUUGUACAGACCUAUAUCUUUUCUCAUUGUGUAGGUGUAUCACAUUCGAAUUUAUGUAAUUUUAGAUAACAUUUACAUUCAUGUUAAGUUCUACGUUCUACGGUGGUUUAUGUAAUUGAAUACGCCAGUUGUUUGUUGAAUCUCAAUUUUGCGAACUGGCCUUAAAUGACGUCAAUUAAAAACGUUCAAAGGUUUUAUAAGAGUAUUCAAUGAAUGUAGAUGUAGGUGAUAUUAUUGCUUUGAUACAAUAUGCUCGUGCCUAAAGUGCGAUGAUGCUUUAAUUUUAUGACAAUCGUUUGUGUUUUUCUUUAAUUAAAUCUCCUAGUUCCACAUAGUUCCCCAAGAAAGACGUUGAUUUAAGUUCCAUUUGCUCUCGUUACAAUACAUGUGAUUAUUGUAUUUUGUAACAAAAUGUUAUUGGCUUCUAAAUCACGCACAGUAAGCUCGUAACUCCUGAUUAUGGAAGCUACUUAUAAUUUGUACCAAAGCACUAGUUAGAUAAUACUUAUUCGGCCAAAUUAUCCUGUACGUACUAUUAAACAUUAUGAUAAUGUGCACUUAUUAUAUCAAAUUGGUCGUAAGUUUGUACAGAACCAUUUUUGUAAAUGGGAAUUAAUUCCUCUAGUCUUUCAAGCAAUGUUUCAUGGGUUUAAUUUUAUUGUACCUUUUAUUUUUAUGAUUUUUUUAUUUCUAAAAUAAUUCUAUUCAAGAGGUUCGUCUGUCUAACAUAUGUUUUAAACGACAGCAACCUGCAAUAAGCCAUAGUAAUAAUUUAUUUAGUUAAUAAUAUAAUUUGAAGUUAAAUAAGUAUUAACAGAUUUAUUUAAAUUAAUAUUGGAAGUGAUGAGCUAAUGAUUAAUAAUAUUGUAAAUAAUAGACUUGAGAUUUAGUCUGUAUUCUAAGGCAUUAAUUACCGCUGUGAUACUUCUGUACCAUUGAAUGCCAUACUUGGUUUCAACUCGAUUUGAAAAGCGAUCACAAAUAUUUUCUAGUAUGAGCAAGUUGUUUGUAAUCAUAAAAGUCGACGGUAUAUUUUCGUAGGUAUGUAUAUAGUGUACAUAAUAUUACAAUUUGAUUAUUAAAUUGGUACAAAGUAUGAACAUUUUAGUAAUAAAAUAUUAUACUCUCGAUGAUGUGGAACUACGAUAUUUAAUUGCGAAAUUAUUUACAGAUAAUUUUGUUUUAUAUUUUUAUGUAAGCGGGUUCUUGCAUAUUUGAAGUAUAUUUUUUCAAUGCAAUUAAUUUUACAUUUGUUACCUGCCAGUCCGCAUUUGUACAUCAGUAUUGGCCAACAGAUCAUCUAUUGAAUCAAAAUAUUUUAAAUAAGGUUUCUAUCUAAUAAUUUUAUGACCAUUGUGAUUGUCACGUAAGUUCUGAUUGUGACUGCGUUCACAUAGGGCCAGAGUACUGUCCAGCGUUUCAUAAAUGUUACUUAAGAUUGAGGCCGGCACAGACUGACGUCGGGCCACGACUUGGUAUACAGUCCUAACCACAUAUAUUUUGUUUGUGCCUACAUCUUGUUAUCCACAAAUGAUGUAUUAAGAUGUUUUCCCUUACUUAUGCACUCGUAUUAGUUUCUUCAUCUUCAGCAAUCUAUUAAUUUUUAUUACAAAACCAACUUGGGAUCCGCGCAUAGCAAAACCAGUUGAAUAACGAGUGGCUGGGUUUUCACAUGCCGCGUCAUACCAAAGUAUCCUUUGAUCUCCUGAACCACGCCAUGUUGUUCCCCGCAGUCAGUCUGCGCCGGUCUUUAUAAAAUUAAUUACCAAGUUCUCUAAGACUGUAGUGAAGAUACAUUUAAGUACUUUAUAAGCUGUUGUUUUAUUUUCUGACCAAUAACUAUGUAUUUUGUAACACUAAGGUAGAAUUAAGUAUGCAUUCAAAGUUCAUUACAGGAAGAUGUAACAUUUCAUAAAAGUUUUCCUACAUCUUCGUAAUUCUGUGAUUAUUUGUUAUAGUUUUAACUAGUGAAUCGAUGUAUUUGAAUUAGUCGUUUCAGUAUUGCAUGUAUGAUGAAUGUGUCGGAAAAUAAAUGUUAUUUUUUCAAUAA